AUGCCAGCAGUGGUUCUGUCGAUCCGCCACUGUAUAGCAGCAACGAAUACGACGACGACCGCGACGACUAUUAAAAAAUCAUCGCCUUCUGCCGCCGCUGCUGCCGCCGUUACUAUUGCUGCUGCUGCUGCCGCCGCCGCCGCCGCUACCGCCGCCGCCGCCGCCGCCACUGUCACUGCCGGUAAUAAUAGUACUACGACGACAACGACGACGCUCUACUGGUUGCCUGUACUGGAUAGCCCGGCGUGUUUUUAUUGCGGCGGUCGACUGUUCGUCGUUGGCGGUGCCACCGCUAGCACCACCAUCAGCACCGGUAACAACACCGGCAUCGGUAGUAGUAGUAAUAGUAGUUGCAGUAGUAGUGUUAAUAAUUGUUUCGACGCGUGUUCGCUUCCACCGCGCAAUUUCGGUAGAGUCUGUCGGUGUGACGGUGCCGUCGUGCUACUGGUGCCGUAUGUGCUUGGGCCGCCGUGCUUCCGACCGUUCGUAUUGCCGCCCGCGUUCGUCGCCGCUAGCAAUCACCUCAGAUAUCACCGUAGAAUACAUCACCUGCUGUACAACACGGCCGUCAUCAACAUGGAAACUAGGUAAAUAUAAUGCACCUUGUUUUUUUUCUCGGCGCCUCAUAUUGUUUCUUCGAUACCUUAUCGUCAUUCGUCGCGCACCUCGUUAUCAGCUCCGUAAUACUGUAAUCUAUGUUAUAAAAAAAAAAAAUAAUAAUAAAAAUUAUAGUAGUAAUGAUAAUGUUCACGUCGCGUCACCGUUCUCUUCGAACAAUAUAAAUAUUGAUAAGAUAAUAAACCGUAUAAAUCCUAUUAUAUUAUUAUUGUAUUAUAUAGGUAUUGUGUAUUCCAAUAUCGGUCGGUCAUGUCCUUAUCAGUGUACCCGACGAUAACCGUUUUCUAUGUUAUUUAAUAUCUUUAAAUAAUUUUCUUUCGCCCUUUGUAGUCCUCGCGGCUUACCAUCGUAGUCGUCGUCAACACCGUCGCCGUGUAUAUACGUCCGCAUAGAACUUGAUGCACGGCAACAGCGGACGCCAUCGUUUAUUGAACCGGUCUUGAAAAAACCGCUUCGGUUGCCCUUGAACCCAUAUCCCCGGCGCACCACUAUAUAAUAAUAAUGAUAAUAAUAAUAAUAAUAAUAUCAUAGGUACCUAUAUGCGUACGGCCGCCGUUCUCUUUUUCUGUAAGUUUUUUUACCUUUCCGCCGACGACGUCGAGGGCUUUAUUUCGGGCCAAUUUCAUAUGGUGGGGCAAAGGUUACCAGAGGAGAGGGGUUAGCUCGACGACGACGACGACGACGACGUUACACAAUAACAGCUGCUACACGAGCGUUGUGCUGUGUGUUUUUUUUUCAAAGCACAAAGAGUAUAAAUUUUAACUGCAGUGAAAGUUUUUUCGCUUCCGCCCCGCUACUACCCGGAAUCGCAGCCGCCGCCGCGGUGUUCAUAACGGCGGCGGCGGCGGCAGCGGCAGCGGCCGCCGCAUGAAAUAAUUACGCUCGGUCGGGGCCCGGUGGUCAGCACGAGCCACACAGGGACGUUGACCUCCUCCUCCACCCGCUGCCGCCGUAUAUAAUUAUAUAUACGCGAAACAACCAUCCCCCUAUUGUCGUAACGGUUCGUUUGCGCAAUGCCCUCCGGAGAGGAAGUCGGCGGAGUGGCGGUGGUAUAUACAUGUGUGUGUGUGUGUGUGUGUGUGUGUACACGCUAAAUACAAAAGGGUGUGCGGGCAGUGGUGUGGGUAGACAGCGCACAAUGCGUAUUAAAAAAAAUAAAAAAAAAGCUCUCCCCCUUUUAGUUUUGUAUUAUGUAUAUGAUGUGAUAAAUGCGUUCUCGGCGUUGCUCCGUGUACAAUGUAAAAAUGCACUUAAAUGCGCACUGCCGCUGUCGUGCGUAUAUGGUGAGGGGCGGGAGGCUCUGCACUGGUACUUCGCGAACGUAUAUAUAAUAAUAUCGUGUUGUUGGGUUUAUGUGUACCGGCGGUACGCGUUUUCCACUAGCGCGUAUGCGUAUCAUUAUUAUACUUUUGCCAGUGUUUGUUCCUCUCUGUGAAAACGCGAAAAAAAAAACAGUCGUUCGCGUACGUACAAUUGUAGCGAUAUAUUUUUUUUUUUUUUUUUUUAUGGGUUUCUGGAACGUAUAUGUUUUUACGACGUGCGCGUUUCCGUGCGAUAAAUGACGGAAAUUCGCCUUGUACGGUCAUAGCCCUUAUAGGUGUGUUAUUUCCGAAGUACACUACACAAACCGCGAAAGAAACGAAACUAUUUUCGACCUAUCCGACGUGAUUUUUCAUAUGAAAUCGAGGGUUGUUAUUGAAUUGAAUUAUGACGAGCGAGAACGGAGGUUGCCGUUCUCGGACGUAACGAUAUUGGAAUAUUUGAGGUUAUGUUCAAUGUUUUUUUUUUUUUUUAUCUUUAUCCCGAGGAGAAUUUUACAGUUCCCGAUUGCUAUUAUAACAAAAUAUGGUUAUGAGAUCUGUGCGCAGACAAUAUUGAGUACGAAAUGUGCGUUUUCCCUCCUUCCCGUAAUAACAUAUUGACGUCGUUAUCGAUGUGACCGACGGAAUUCUAUACGCUCACGGCGGGAUACCGAUAUAAAUGAAUAUCGCGUGCUUAUCGCAUUGUAUCAUAUCCUGUGUGACUGGCCAUCGAGACAGACGACUGACCGUAUCUGUUUAUUUCGGAAAAUCUAACGUAACCGCGUGUAUUUCGCGAUUGGGUUUUUGCAGCAUUGAACAGUGGUGUGUGCGCGCCCCUGACUUAAUAGGAGGAAUGCGUUGGACAAAAUGCCGUUAACGACGCGGCGGCGCGCAUCCCUCGUCGCGUAAGAAUAUUGUAUUGUACAUUAUACGCGGGGAGCAAACCGAGAAGGGACAUGACAGUGGCGGCGCUCACCCCAAAUCCCAAUACGACAGGAACCCUCUCCUGGGCGACGGACCCUUCGUGAUGGAGAAACCGUCGUCAUCUUACAGCCGCGCGCGUCGUCGUCGUCAUUGAUUCCUAAAAUGCGCGCUAUCACCGUGCGUUACGGACUGCGUUACGGUUUUUGGGAAACAUUAUUACGUGAACGACGACGAUGCGGUCGCUGCCGCCGCGGCGUAGACUCUCGACACGCACGUAAAAAGCCGCGUGCGAGCGAGAAAGAUUCGAACGGCGGACGAAGUGGCGGUACCCCCCCGAAGACGACGUUGCCUGUCCGUGCGCCGGCCGGCCAUCUGUGUGCGGUCGUUCUUUGUUUAUUAUAUUAUUAUUAGGUAUACCAUAUCUCCGGGCACAGGCGACGUCUAUGAUACUCUACAAUGUAAUGAACAUUAUAAUAUAUUAUAUUCCACUAAAUCGCUGGUGCUUCGUUUUUAUGCUCUCGAAACCCGGCUCUUCGCGCGAUGCGGGCCUAGAAAUAAUCGAAUAUAAUAUAUUUUACCAUUUAUAUCUAUGUCGUCGUCACGGCCGGUCCUCGGGAAAACUAUACCGUCUCUUCGCGAUGGGGGGGGAGAAAGUCCGCGAAAACCCGUAGACGGAUGCCUUUUUUUUUUUUCUCAUUCGCCCCGUCGUCUUUAUCUUUUAUCGUCGCUUUGUGUAUACUUUUAUCGUAAGCAUAAAUAAUACACGGACGUUCAGCUGUGACGACUUUUCACGUACCAUCUGUCUUUCUAUAUUAUACGCGUAGUGAUCUUAUGCGCGUAUGUGUGUGUGUUUGUGUUUUUUCGUCCACCUACAACCGAACACAGCCACCAACUCCAGCCCCCUUUCACUACGAGUUUUUUUUUCUCUCUGUAACCUUUUGUGUGUGUCCGAUACACGCACACGCACACACCUGGGCCGCCGUCGACACCGCCCGGUCCGUCGGCGGCUGCGGCGCGGCCGAGAGCAUAAGAGAGGAGGUGUGCGCGCGAGUGCUGCUGCAGGUAUCGCCAGGUGGUUUUUAUCAUUAUUAUACUAUAUAUUUUUUUUUUCCCCCGACGGAUCUAACGAGACACCCACUAUAUAAUAUAAUAUAUAUGUAUACAUAUAUUAUGUACGUUCAUAAUACCGCGACAAUACAAAAAGUACCAUACGCGUCUCGUUUUUGUCGCCCCGUCGUCCUCUGAAAUGUACCUGUUACGAAAAAUAUAUUAUUACUGUGCGCGAGAAAUAUAAUAAUAAUGAUACAACGUGAAACGUCUGCCCCGCGAGUGGUAUUUCCGAGGUAUCGGAAUUUAUGGUACAGCACAACGCCAGACGACGGCGAACACGCCGUGUGGUACCUUCAAAGCCGCCUUGGCCUAAUUCCCCGUAUAGUUAAAAAUGCAAUAACUCGGCUGUGUAUAUAGACACCGGCGUAAUAAUAAUGGUUGGGUUGUACUAUUAUUUUAUGUACCUGUAUAGUAUAUAGUAUAUAGUAAUAAUAUUAUUGUGUUACACUAUAAUAUAAUAUACUUAUUAUUACUUUGCAAGUUAAACGAAUAAUAAAUAAUAAAUACCUAUAUAUUAUAUGUAUACAUUUUUUUUUCCCGUCGGUCGGGUCGUUAGAAAUUCGCUCGUUGCGGUUUCGGCUGAAAAGUGAAAUCAUUCAGUUUUCGGUCGAAUUGUGUUACACGACAAAGAAAUAGCGGAAAGAAAUUAACGUCGUCGUCGGUUAUUUGUUGUUAUUUAUUAUUAUUAUUUUUUUUCCAUUCCUUCUCGCGGUGUUGUUUAGUUAUCUAAUCGGAAUUGCGUUCAUUUUUUAUUAUUAUCAUAUUUUUUUUCCCACCGAAAUCCAAUAAAGAAAAUCGGUUUAGUCCGAAAAAGAGAUUCACCAUUUUUCACCGCAACCGUUAUCGUUCUCGCAGCCCCUACUUCUUCACUAUUCAUGUCUGACAUUUACCAACAAGGCUGACUGCCUUCUGGCUUCUGUAUCCAAUAAUAAUAAUAAUAAUAAUAAUAAAUUAUUAUUAUUAUUCACAAAUGUUCGUAUGUAUUUUUGCAAUGACGUCGGAUCGACAAAGAAGUCAUUAUGCGGGUCAAGGUAAUUAUUUUUGACACAAAACCGUAUAAUUUCUAGAAAAAUACCACGUUUUAGAAAAGAAAUGGUUUAUAAGAAAAUUUUCAAACGGAUACCUACGUUUUUUUGUCGUAUCGACCGUGAAACUUGUGGUUUUUUUUUUUUUUAAUGUAUAUUGUUUUUGUAUAAUAUUAUUAAUUUGUCUGUUAAAAAUCCAUUGCAAAAAGGGCAACCGCACGGGUGAAGCGAGACGAAGCCAUUUUCCAAUUAAAUACAGUAAUAUUCAUUAUUCAAAUAUUGCCAAUUUAAAUAGGCAUAGGUAUAAAAAUUAUUACACUUUCGGACCGUUAUCAUUUAUUCUUAUCAUUUCCGGGCAUCUGUCCCUACCCAGUUCUCCUAACCGCGCGUGGAUGUUUUAAUUCCUUGUACGUCAUUACACUGUUAUAAAUUAUAAUAUCAUAAAUUUGAUGGAGGUUAUUUCACGGUUUACGCGAUCGCUGUCGCCUACGGUUUAUGCUCAAACGCAUAAACGAUAUACGUACGUUUUCUAUGAAAAUAUGCAAAACAGCACAGCUGUGUGGAACAAGCAGCUGGUAGUCGUUUGCUGCAUGGGAAUAUUCCCUUCUCGCAUUGCAUUCGUCGUUAUUAUAUUCCUUUUAAACGGCCCAAGGACCCCCCCCCCGUCGUCCGUUUACACGCACGGAUAGCGUGGAAGAUAUUGGCCGAGUCCACUUGCUUCCGAGAAAAAAAAACAGUCAGCUGAUGAUCACAUGGAAUUUCGGCACAGACGCCAUUUUCGAACAAAAUCAAAAACUAUAAUAUUAUCAUCAUAUAUAUAUAUAUAGUCAUUUCAACGGCAACUAGUUCUCUCUUUAACAAAUGACCCGAUUCUCCGUUACGUAUGUUUAAGAAUCAGCUGUUCUUGGGGAUAUCGGAUGAUUCACACCUUAAGCAUUAUACAUAUAGGGUGGCGAAGAAUUGUCUUUGGACCCCAGGUAUAUACGCGCAGUCCUGUUUAUAACGGGAUCCCUCAUGCGGGACGAUUACCCGCGGGCCAAUGGUGGCCAAAUGCCGUGAGGCAGUCCGGGAACCGCUAUAGUGCAUCCCGUGUUAUUUUAUAAACCCCUCGGAGGGAAAGAGGCGCGAUGACACCAUUAGGACGACAUUAUCAUAUCCCUUCGACGGUUACGGACCCCGCCCGUGAAAGGGUUCCCCAUGCGGGAAUACCGGUUGUUCAAAGUGGAAACGAAGAGAGAGAGUGCUAACAAUGAAAGAAGAGGAUUCAGAUUUGGCUUUGGUUCCCACCGUUUGUGUCAAGGGCGGUUAGUCGUCUACCGUCGUCUUCCUAAACUGUCGCCGCUCUCAGUAGUGUUCGGUGCGUUUUCGGUCCGUUAACAUUUUAAAUUUUAAAUCUCGUUAUUAUUAUACUGGGUUACCCGUACCAUCGCACAGUAUAUUGUACAUAGUAUUCUCUAAUUCGUGUUGGUGCUUUGUUUUAGAAAACAUUUUAACUUAUUAUAAUUAAAAUAUCCUAUUUAUUAAAAUCUAUAUAACAAUGGAUCGCGAUAGCCAUUCUAUGAGAGCCCAAAUGUCUGCGUUGUUCCCUCCGUAAGUAUUCGAUUAUAAUAUAAUAUAUACACAAUAGUAGUCUGUAUAGGUAUAUCGAAUAUUGCGCGCCGUAACUCGCUGCGAUGCGUUUCGUCAAAAUCGCGCGUAAAAUUAAGACCGAAAAAUCAUUCGGAUUUUACUCCGAUCCCGAUUUUCUCGACACUCGUCAAUACUUUCGGCGGCGCCGCAGUUUGCUCUCAGCAAUGCGGUUUUUUUUUUAUAUAUAUAACUGGGUUUCCACUCGAACGACGAGUUUCUCCGGGGCGUGCGUGCCGACACCUCGAUAAUGUUAUUGUUACGGAGACCUUUUAAACGAAAACCCGCGCGUAAUAUGUGUCCGACGUUUAAAAUAUAAUAAUAAUAAUAAUAUGUAAUAUACAUUAUACAAUAUAUGUAUAUAUAUAAUAUUAUGUUUGUAUGUGUUCGCGCGCGCGCGCGUGUGUGUGUGUGUGUCCUAGUUAGGAAAUACGCGUGACAACCGGUGGCGCCUGGCCUGGGUACAACUAAGUCAAGGGUAUAUGUGUGUAUAUAUUUAUUUAUUAUAUUAAUAUACUCUUUACUUCGUUGUGUUUGUCGAGCUAUAGACCGUCGUCCGCGCGCGAUCGUACGACUGAGGUGUUUUUUUUUUUUUUUUUUUUACUCUAUUCCUUAUCAUUAUUAUUAAUAAUUUUACGCAACCGAUUGCGACACGCCGCGCGGCCGUACCCGGGAAAGCCGCGGUGACAAACGGAAAAACGCGACCGCGUGUAACGACGCUGCGCUGUGACGACGGCGGCGGCGGCGGCGGCGACGACGUCGUCGUCGACGAAGCAAUACGCACGCGAAAAGGAAAUGACCUUGGACGCGGGCGGCCUUGUCCGGCGGCGGUUGUAAUAAUAAUAUAAUAUCUAUACGUAUAUACUAUAAUAUAAUAAUACACCUCUGCCUAUAAUAAUAAUAGCCGAUGGUUUAUGAAACUGGCAUGUUUCCCUCCCGCGCAAUCUCGCCAUGUAAUAUUUCAUCCGUCCGUCGGUCGGUACAAUCGGCGCUGAUACAAUUUCCCCUCCGCGCGCCUUCGAAACGUCGCCCGCCACCUCGUCCCGGUCACAAAAUCGUAUCGCGUUUCCUGAAGUCGAAAAAAAAUAAGCGCUACGGGGAAGGGGGAAAAAACGCGGAACUUAUACUAGUGAGAUUUUUACGAUUUCGCGAAUACUUGUUGUAAACACGAUUGUCGCCUAGCGGGAGGUCUGUGCGCUUUUUUUUUCCCCGUGCGGUUAACUUGGUACGCGUAACGUUUUGUACAAUGUAAGUGAAUUUUUUUCCGCAUCGAUUAGUCUCAAAAGAGAAUUUAUUUUCGCGACCCGACGACUAUAUAAUAAUAGUAAUGAAAACGGCUGUCGCGACGACAGGCGACAACGAUUAUUAUUAUUGUAAGAUAUUGUGUAGAUAUUCGUUCGCAUCAUCAAAUCGUAUAAUAAUGAUAAUUGAUAAGUUUUGAAAUCGCGCAUACGUUUCCAAUAUUGUUCACAGCCGACGUACACGCGUACAAUAUGCACAGUGUACGGAAAAAUUAAAUUCUCACAGACUAUAGAAAUUCCUAUUAAUCGAUACGAUCCCCGUGUGCCGUUAUCGCAGCCUACCACGUUUUUGCUUCGCGGCGGCGACGUGCAGCAAUCGCUGUGUUAUCACGGUUCCGUGAACUUAUCCUUUGGUAUACAGUCGGUCGUCGUUUACUGCCGUGCGGUGCUUAUUUUUUAUUUUUUAUUUUUAUUUUUUUUUUUUACCAUCGUCGAUAAACAGAAACGCUACGUCGUGGUGUACAGUGUGAUAGAUAAAUUUAAAAAAAAUAAAACACGCGCGCGUAUAUUUUUUUAACAAAUCUACAGAAAGAAAUGGAACGGGGCGGUACUGCGGUAGAUACGGCUGUGGUACCCAUAGCGUUUAAUGGUUAAGGCCAACGGUUCCCAAAGUGUGCGCCCCGGAGCACCGUCAUGUCUGUACAGAGGCGCUGCAUCACGGUGUUGAAUAUUUUUGGUUUUGGUUUUUUCUCGGAAAACACUUUUUCGGUUAGUAAAAACGCUACGAAACUUUCGCUCCGUAAAAGAUAUACACACUUUUUCUCUAAAAUUAAAAAAAAAAAAAUGAACAACAUUGUUGAUACUUCACUUCGGUUACUUUGGUUACAACGUACGAAAAAAAAAACUCGCGAUUAAUAUUACUCUGAUCAGAAUAAGUUUUCGAUUGCAAUUGAUUGUUAAGGUACCCUAUGAAAACGUUAGUUCAAAAAGGGAGCCAUGAGUAGAAACAUUUUGGAAAGUACUGGUUUGAACGGUAGGGAGGCACAAUCGUUGGUUAUUGUGUGUGUAAGUACACACUAUACACGCACACGCACACGCACACGCACAUACAGUGUGUACCUACACUCUCUAAACGCGCCGUCAUCGUCGUGUGCGCGCACCUCUCUAGUCGCACACACUACCACCAAGGCCAGACUCGAUUCCGAAGGCUGGUUCCCGGGUGAUGACGGUGACGUCACACCUGGUUUCUUUGUUGUCUCGUUUUCCGCUAUAUUGUGUAUUGUGUGCGUGUGUGUGUUAGACUUAAGGUACCAUGAUAUUGUAUACGGGACGGCUACGAAAAAUAACCGAGAAAUUUUACCCAAAAUGUACGUCUGUGCCUCGGCGUACCUAUACUCCACCCUAUUUUGUUGACCCCGGGCCCAUUGUACCAGAAAUAAAUAAAAACCGUCUGGUGUGAACCGCGGUAAAAGAGAAGAGAAGAAAAAAAAAACGUUACGGCAGCGGCUGAACAGAUUUUUGGAAAACGUGUGUAUUGUGGGUAUUGUAGUCUGUAUGUUAUUUUACACGCGUCGGAGUUUUCGUGUUAAUACCUUAUAAUUGUGUAUAAUUUGAAUUGUCUAUGACGCAUCUUUUACUUUUGAACAGUGAUAAUAAUGAAAUAAAAUAGCUGUAAGAUAUCAUUCAUACGUUAUUAUCGAAAAACAAAUACAUUUUUUUUCUGAGAAAACGUUGUUUCUUCGUUUCAUUAAUAUUAAACUGACUUAUCGUAAUAACAUUAGUAUUAUUAUAUAGGUACAUAAUUAGUCGAUAAAACAUCAAUCGCCUGCAUAAUAAUGGAGGAAAUCGAAAAAUGAUAAUGGAAAAAGUGUCGAUAAAAAUACACGAAUCUUGUUUUAAUAAUCACUGAUAGUUCGGAAAUGGAAUUAAUGUUUUUUAGAUUCUGAAAUGUUCGCAAAUUGUAUUUAAAAUACAGUCAAUUGAAGAAGUAUUUAAAAUAAGAUCGGUUUUCGUGGGUUUCAAAUGUGUCUUCCUGGUCCUGGUGGUUACCAUCCUUAUAAAAUGGUAACUCUGCGAUACUUGAUUAUUGUAGUUAAAACACAUUUGAUUUCGCGCCUAAAGUAUAUGUUUUCGCUCAGUCCGAUUGUAUACGAUAAAUAUUGAUAAUCCCCGGUCGAAUGUGUGUUGUUCGUUGCGGAUUGGUGGCCGUGUGACGUUUCAAAUCGCCAACAUUUUAAAUAUUUAUCCUAUGUAUAGUGGAUUUCGCCGAAACAAAAACCGUCAGUCGUUUGAAUACCGCCGCACAGUUUAGCCUUCGCGGUGUUUGAUUUUUUUCUUCUAAAUUUAUACUAUCCAAAUAGGAUUAUCGUCUUUUAGAAAAAAAAAAAAUAAUAAUAAUAAUAAUAAGACCGUAGUAGUAGUAAAUCCAGAUGUUUUGGGUACGUAUCGGUUUUUAAGCAAAUUUAUACUGGUAAUUAACGCGUAUUACGUUGCGUAAACCGUUAACCUUGGCAUUGACAGUAGAAAUGAUCGCACCGAUCGUGUCCUUAUAAUAAUAUUACAAACGUCUCUGAUAAUCUCUUCCUUGAUGACAUAACGAUGGGAAAAUAUAGGUGGGUAAUAGUAUAUAGUAGUGUGCGCCGGUAUAACACGACUCGCGCGUCUCUCGCACACGAAAAAUAUUCGAGUACCCGUGCGAAAUAAUGACCGGCGAAUUUUUAUUAUAUUGCAACCGACAACGCUGUCCUUGUGUGCGCUUGAAGAUCAGGAAGGCCUCCGGCAGUUAUACAUACGAUGUGUGUGUGUGUAUGUAUGUUUAUUUGUACACGUAUAUAUAUAUAUAUGUGUGUGUGUGUGUGUAAUAAUAUAAUAUACGCGCGUAUAAAAUUAAACUCCUUAGUAGUAGUCCGGUAUUGAUGCAAAUCUGCUGACGGUUUGAAAGUUUAACCGACGGGCCCCCCAGAUUUGGUACGGAUUCGGACCGAUUUUAUAGAAUUAAAUCAGUUCCGCGGAAUAAGCGUGGUGCGAAUUUGGUGCACCGUUUACCGACGAGUGUUCCCCGGUACAUUGAAUCGGUUAUGUUUUCCGCGCGGGUUCGGAUUUCGAAAUGAUUUACGUGCGAUCGCCGUAUAAAAGUAACCUUCUUAAGUAAAUGCCGGGACGAACAAUACGCUGUUUAACCUUUCCGUUAUAUUAUUAUUGUUGUUAACUAUUAAUCGUUUAUUAUUUCAUUUGGGUAUUAUGUCAUUGUGCAGGCUCGUUGGCGACUAUUGUCGUAUACUAUCUUCUCGACGUAUCUCUUGAUAAUAUUGUUAUUAUCGACUAUUUGACUAUAUUAUAAUAUAACAUUAUACUUAUAUUGUCCGAAAAGAAAACUUUAAUACCGUCCGGUUUGUUUCAAUUAAAUCCCCAAACCCUUGUUCCUUGAACCAUCGGCUAUCGUAAUAUAAUUUAUUUCAUACGAUUUUCGUUGACGUCAUAUUGUCGACAUUAUUAUUUUGUAGACGAGGUUCUUGAUCUCUACCGUGAAACGACCUCUGAUACGUUCGUUUGCCUUGAAAUAGGGACUGACUGAAUUAUUUCAUUGUUUAUUGUUGGACUGUGUGUCUCUCAAGCAUAAUGCUACAAAUCAUAUCUACAGUCGACACCAGUUUCACAACCUCGUCCGGUGAAUAAAUCUGCUCGGAAUACGAGUACAAUAUAAUUACAGUGCCCAGCGUAAAAGUUCUUACGUAAAACCGAUUUGACAAAUACUACAACGUUUUUACGUUGACUCUCGGUAAUUGUAUAAUGUACUUUAUUUCGUAAAUCUAACAUAUCGUACUUUUAAUAAGUAAAAUAAAAAUUCAAAAUAGCGAUGUUAGAACGUUCAGGUAGAACUGGAAGACGGCUUAAAUUUACUAAGUAUAUUAAAAUAAAUACGUAUACGUACGUGUGCGUAUAAAACGGUUACGAUGAUAGAAGGCAUGCGUUCUUGUCGUUGUACACCUGUCCCUAUACCCCCCCCCCUUCCAAAUUAGGUCAACCAUCUGCCGAUCUAGUUUCGUCAAUUAGAGACAAUAUUUUAACGUUAUUUUUACAUACCUAAUACACUGAACCGUCUGUAGUGUAUAUUGUAAUACCGAACCAUACAACAAUAUGUGCUAACAGGUGUUCCGCGUUAAGAUUUUUAAACUAAUAUCUUGUUUUUCUUUUCUUUUUCAGGUCAGUAUAUUUGGAUUUAAACGAAGAAGUGUACGCUAGCAUUAAAGAUUCUGUUAAAGAGUUGUGGAAUCUGAUAGGGUGAGUAAUGAAAUUUACCUUCGUCGGUGCCGAUGAUGAUAAUUACCGACGGCUAUAUUACGGAUAACUGCAAGGCCACGGAAGUUGUCUGCGAAGGUCUAUCUCAAUUUUAGAAAUGUAAAAAUUCGCGGGGACAUGCUUAUAUUAUAUCAGUCGUCGCGCCAAUCACGUUUCGGCGUUUAACAAUAUGAACGUGAACAAAAAAAACAACACAUUUAAAUUUUUUUCUUUCUUCUCGACUCAGAGCGGGUGGAAGGAUUGAAGGAUUUUUUUUUCGUGCGGUAAUGUUGGUUUUGGGCAUGAUGUGAUAUAACGCGGACCACGUUAGAUAAGUUUCCACACUGAUAAAGCUGCACCGGAGGAACUCUGGCGUUGGGGUGGAUAUCCCCAUAGCAACACCCGUUUCCCGUUCACGGUGUUUUGUGCAGCUCUCUAUCCCCCUCCUCCCCCCACUAUUUCAACCCUCCGUCGUUAUUUUUGGGCGUGGCGCGCUCGCAAUCGUAAAGUUACUCCGCUGCAAUAAUGCUAUUCGCCCGUUGUGUAUAUACGACUUCGGAAUUUAUAACCUACCAAGCCUACCAAGUUUCCCGGAGAACACAUUGAUUGUGUACUACACUGCUACAACUAUAGAACAAAGUAGAGACAAAGAAUUGCACACAUUCGACUGUGGAAUAGUGUGUGCGUAUGUAUAUAAGGAAUAAUUUCUUUUUUUUAAUCUUGAGAUUUAUGCUGUUUUGACGAGUUUUAUGUACACGAUAAAUACCUAUAAGAAUACGAGCGUAUCGUUAAAUUCGAUUUACCAUAAUAUAUAAAACUGCUAUAAUAUUAUUAUUAUUAAAAUUAUUAUAACUUUUUUUUUUCGUUAAUUUUUUAUUCGAUGGGAUAUUUAAAUAAAUAAAUAUAUAUUAACGUCCUCGUAUAAACAAUACCCCCGCUUUAAAAACUAAAAGCAAAUUAUUGUUAUCGUAAUGCACAUCAAUACAGUGUAUACCAGCUAGUAAAAUAGUAAUUGUAAAACCACGGGCGCGUAUACGAGGAAUUGUUCACCGACGCGUGUCGAUACGAUAACCACAACACUAUGCACACCUGUUAUAUUUUUAUUAUUUCUACAAGUUUUUUUCUAUUAUUUCGAAAUUUUAUUUUUUUUCGCCUUUUAAAAACUACCUUCUAGUAUAUAACGCUACUGCCUAUACUCGUACUUAUAAUAAUAAUAAUAAUAAUAUACACGGGUUGUCGACUUGACAAGACGAUUGUGUUGAACCCGACUCCAGACGACCGCCCAUUAUACAUGCGUAGUUCGAACCAAAGUAUAGAUUAUAUUAAGCAGUGGCACAAAAGUUUUUCAAGUUUGCUGUGUACGGUCUGUCAAAAGGUGCGGUUUGCGCGCAAAGUGAAAGGGUCUAUUAGCGCCUAAAUAUACAUUUUUUUUUUUUUAAAAUUCCUGACGGCGCGCUGUUACUAAAAUAAAAUUUGUUCCGAAGAUCCACACGCGCGCGCACAUACAACACCUACUCCUUCGAGUUGACUUUCUCCGAUCCGUCGUCCUCUUUUGUGCCGAUGUGCGUAUACCUAUUUAAUGCUAUCGUCACAAUAAUGUUACGCAGACGCACAAAAGCAGCAACGGCGGCGGCGAUGACGGCUGCGUCCCACGUCCUCGGGUGUCUACUUAACUACCAGACCUCUCACCGCCGCGCGGUGCCGUGUUGGUGUAACAGAACUCCGGCCCAACUUUCACUCGACAAAAAACAACAAUAAUAAUAAAAAAAAAAAAAAAGAGUUAGUCGCCGUCUGUAUAGUACGGCGUUUCAUGGUCGGUCCGCUUUUCAGAGCGGAAUGUAUGACCCGAUUGUGUAAUUUUCGUGAAAAGGUCCCGCGGCGAGAAUCGUCGUCGAUCGCGACAAGUCUCUCGGUCGUACCCAGUAACGUUCAUGAUAAUAAUUAUUAUAAUAUUAUUGUAAACUUGCGCGGCCCGAGUUGCCGAGCGUGAUUCUCGCGGAAUGAGGAAGUCGUGUGACGCGUCCAUAUACCGUGCGUUACUAUAUAGGUACGCAGUGUUAUCACAAAUAAUACGCUCUGCAGAUACGCAUUUUUAUCAUAAUACACACCGUAUAGUUGAUUUUCACAAACUUCCGUCGUGUCGUUCGACAAACGGUCGUCGGCUCCGUAACUCGGCCGAAAAUUGCCACGAAAUAAAUUAAUAAUCGCGUAUUAUUAUACAUUAAUAAUAAUAAUAAUAAUAAUAAUAAUAAUUCGUUGCCCGAAAAUUCGGUUAGUGCGUUUUGUUUGUCCGCGGGUUGCCGCGCGCGCCUCGUCGUCGUCGGGCGCUCGCGCGCGUCCGGUCGUGUGCGCGUUCCAUUUGUUGUUCCGUCGUUCCGCCCGGGGGACACACGGCUCACGUCCUGCGACGUCCGCGCGUACAAUAAAAAAAUUAAUAAAUAUAUACGCGCGCAUAUUAUUAUUAUUAAACCUGCAGUCGGACGAAACGGCGACCGACGACGAUAAUAUCAUAACGACGAUUUCUGUCGCAUAAUAUUAUUUCGCCACAUGUCCGUCUGCCGCCGCCCGGAUGCGUGUGCCCCGUCGGCCGGUCGUAUGUAUAGUUGUAGUACGCCGCGCGUGAACCGGGUGCACGUGAAACACGUGUGCGCACUUCUCGGGUUUCCUAGUUCUCGCAAGUGUACGGUUUCUCCGGGCGCACACGUUAUAAUUUACAUUAUUAUUAUUAUUAUUAUUAUUUUACUAAUCACACGCUGUACGUGCGUGUACCGACAACGACGAUAUUAUUAUAAUUCAAUAUCCCGUCGUAUUGCAAUGCUUCAACGUCGGUCCGGGGCCCGCCCGGUUACCGUGUCGGGCGAUCGCUGCUCGCGAGGCGGGAGGGCCUUUGAAUUCGUUCGCGCGUUGAGGGCCCGUGAUAUCUAUAACGAUAAGGAAGAGGAAAGAACGCGUUUAAACGAGAUUUAUGUUUCCCCGGACGGGCGGACAAUUUCCUUAUACUGCACCGUACAAUUAAGCCCAUACUUGCCGGUACGGGAAGGUUUUUUCUCUCUCCGUGGUACGUGAACACAUUACUAUGCGCGCGGUGUUUACGAUGCGACAGAAAGGCCCAAAACACUCUGUGACGUGGCCCCCCUUGCGUUGUCGCGAUAAUAUUUAUUACGUCUUUAUAUUAUUGCAUAUUAUUAAUAAUGGCGUUUGCCGCGUUCGCGUGAUUUAGUAGGACACCGCGCUGCGCCGCCGGGAGAAAGUAAAAGUAUAUUAACAUUGCAUUAUCGUGAUAACGCCAACCGGAGCAUCCCGUUGUCGCCACCGCCGUCGUCCGUCGGCAAUGAACCAGUUACGGGUGUAAUAUAACGGGAGAAAGCGGCUCGAAUAUAAUACGUUACGUGAACGUACAUAACUAUUAUAACUAUAUGCAUACCUAUAUAUAUAUAUAUGUAUUAUUAACUACUAUACGAAAUAAGCGCGCGCGUUGUUGGUGCAUGAACGCACGGCGAAAGGGCGACCGGGACCGGGGAAGGAGUAUCGCGCCGCCCCGUUCACUUUUUUUUCUUCUUGCAAUGACACGAUUUUGGCCAUAAUGAAUUUUCCGCCACUGUUCGGGUGUGAGGGAAACAAAUUUAAAUCGCGGUACCCGUGACAAAAACGGUUUUUUUUUUCAACGGAAACCCGGUAACUAUAACUAUCGUCACGCUUUUUAUAAUACACAUAUAUAAUAAUAAUAAUAUAGUAUUCUACUUUUCCCUUGAAUACCCGCGAGAUAUUUUCAAUUCCGUAAUAACACCGAUUCCGCCUUUUCCCGCCGCGACAUAAUAUAUAUUAUUUUACCUAAUACUUGUCGUUUGUCCUCAACUAUGUUAUUUUUUUUUUCCUCGCCCGUUGAAAGUACUAUAUGAUAUUACCCAUACACUAUGUUUACAUUUUAUACGAGUAUUAUACAGAAGCAAUAGCGCAUGAGUCGCAAUUCGCUGUCCGUUAAAGUAAUAAUCAGGACUAAUAUGAUCGCAUAAGACGUUUUCCGGGUUUUUUUUUUUUUUUUAAUUUGAUUUCGUUUUAACCCGUCGUCAAAUUAAAAAUUCGAGCGGCGGUAGAGGUCCGAUCGAUACGUACCGAGCGAAUACCGCGGGUAUAGUCCUCUCGUUAAAACCGCGCGGGCCGUCCCUCGCUGCACCACACGACUGCACCGCGCCGAGCCCCUUCUUUAGCCGCGCUGUGUAUUAUAUUCGGGCGGAAUGGGGGGCGAAAAAAAAAAUAACGCUCCUUAUUCCCCGAUGAGUCACGCCGCGUUAAAACGCAGCCCUAUACACGCCGCGCGAAUCAAUACUCAGCGACUGUCCCCUUUGCCGUAGUGUUCCGAAGCCGAGAUCAUUAUUAUACAUUCGGCGAGAGCGCCUAUACGACACCGCAAAAGCGUCGUCGGCAUCAAUCGGUAUCGCGAGUACGAAAGCGCACUGCGCAACCCCGUUUGCCUGCCAAAGCACCCCCUCGCACGAUUCCGCCGCUGUGUUCAACGACCUCGAAUGCUGCGUUCGUGUUUGCACGUGUACACGCGCGCGCGCAUACAACUUGCUCACCCUCGACUGAGUCUCGAAUCUCAAAUAAGUUAAUUAUCCGCCACGUACGGCCGCACGUGUGGGUCCGGGCAUAUUGUACAAAGAGAAAUCGUAAGGGAAACCGACUAAUUAUUAUUAUGCUCGCGUGAAUUUUCCGACGAACCGCUAGUUCUUCGCUCCUCUCCGAAGAAAACGCCGUCGUCAUAAUAAUAACGCGUUGCGUAAGUCGAAUUUCGCCAUUCCCUACUAUGCGAAUUUUAUACGCGUUACUUGUACUAUAGCGUAAACGCAUUUCGUUCGUAAUGCGUAAUUCCCGUAGUUCGUAAAAACGUUGUGGAAACUGACAUGAUGAUGUUACCUCGGACGUAUAACAGUCGCCCGACGACCCGAGUCUUAUUUUGAAUAAACGUAGUUUAUUUAAUUUAAACAUAAAAUAAAAUCGUCGAAUAAAAUCGCUUCGUGUGACAGGAUCUGUAUAGGUGUGCAUUUUUCUGCGACGAUAAGUCACAAUAACCAUGAACUAAUGGGCGGCACGUAGAGCGAGCUGUCGCGAGACAAUAUAGAGUGAGACAGAGACAACAUAACGUUUUGGGCCAGUUAUAACCGUUGGAAAGCGCACGAUACGUGAAGGCGCCUCCUCUAUAUGCCGUACAGACGAUAUGGAUAGCGCGAGAAAAAAAUAUAGUUUGGUCCAUGUAACGCUCGCUGUAUAUCAUUCAAAUGGUAGUUUGGCAGAGGGAGGGCGAGGAGGCGCUGUCCAUUAGUUUAAUUAAUAGUACGUCUAUGACAACCAAUAGCCGUGAUAAAAGCGAGUUUUGUAUUUUAGUUCGCUGCGAGCGCGUGAACAGUCUCUAAUCUCUAGUAACUUAAGCGGUCACUUUAUCACAACUUGACAAGAGUAACCAGGGCUGCGGUAUAAAGUUCAGAGAAGUAUAGAGAUAUUAGCAACAAUAAUUACCAAUAAGGUUUUUUAAAUAUUGGAAGGAUGUAAUGUAUUUCACGACCGUUUGAAAUCGCGGUCUUCUCGUCGAUAUCGCGAAUUUCGGUUUUAUAUAUUAUUAGCGUGUUUUGCGUUCGUUGUGUUACAGUGUUGCGACCGUGUUCGGGCCGUCACUUUCACUGUUUUCACAACAGAGCCGCCGCCGCCGCCGUGUGACUUAAUAAUAAUAACAAUAAAAAACGACGGCGCCGCCACGCCGUGAGGUUGUACGUAUUAGUACAAAUUGAAUUUUGAAUCGAAAAGAACACGUACCCCUUGUGCGUCGGCGAUAAAAAAAUAAAAAAAAACCAAAGUUAGGAAAAAAAAAACUGUUUUCUAAUUUUCUACUUUCCUCGUGUGUUACAGAAGAGCGGCUUAUACGUAUAUUCGUAUGACGUGUCCUUGACGGCGGCGGCGUUUAUUACUGUUCGUAUUGGCGGUUUUUUUUUGUUUCUUUUUGGUAGGCACCUUUCAAAAGCGCGCACAUACACGCGCGUAAAAAAAAAGAUGUCAAACGAAAUGUGUAUAUAUGUAUUAUAUUAUAGCCCGUUGUACCUUCUUCUCGUAACAGAACGUGCGCGCGUCCGUAUAUUAUACAUACUAGGAGGAGCGUAUUAUGUUCGUCUCGGAGGUGGAGGGCAGAGCGCCGGGGCGAUCGUUUUCGAAAUGGAAAGUUAACCGUUUUCAACAGCGCGCUCUUAACGUGCUAUAACAAUAAUAUGUAAUCGAAGAUAACAUUUAUUAUUAUCAUUAUUAUUAUUUUUUUUUGAUAUUAUACACGUAUUAUUACUCAGCUGCACACGACGUCGCCGAUAGCCUCGACACGUGUCCGAGGACACAGCCGAAUAUUCGGCAAAUUGGGCGACGAGGGCGGCCCCUUUAAUUUCGUUUUCAAGUUUAAAUGUUAAAUCAAUUCCGCUGAUUACGGCACUCGUACACUGCAAUGUAUAAUAAUAUAGCGGCGACGGCGGUUUUUUUUUUUUUUUUUUUCGGAAUUUAAAAAUGGUUUUUUGUCCUCCGGGACGCGUUCAAGGAUGUGCCCUCGGCGGACACGCGGUUCGAUAUAAUAUUCACGUAUACCGGCGCUUGAAACAAUACAGUACUGUAUACUGGCUGUUGUGCAGUUGACUGCGAUUAUUAUGAACUAUUACAAAAAAAUGACCCGGGUGCCGUGCGAAUUAACGCGUUUCAAUGUUAUCCGAACCGAAAAUCGGGUCAAACGGCGGUGGUUUUUCAUCGCCCGACGCGAUACGUAUAUACGUUUACUACUCGCAGACGAAGUUAUUAUGGUCGAUUCGUUUUUUUUUCCGCGCUAAAACGGCAAAAUGGUGGUCGAGGAAAAAAAUCGAUCGAGGUCUUCCCCGUUUGUAGACCGCCGCGGAAGAAUUCCGUUUUUUUUUUCUUUUUCUUUUUCUUAUUCUCAUUUUUAAUCCCGCGGCGACCAUCGCGCGCAGAAGAGAUUUAUUUAUUAUUUCACCGGUAUUAUCGUCUUCGUGUCGUAAUAGUAUAAUAUAUAGUUUUCCUCGUUGUAAUCUUAUUUUCAUCCGCGACCCGAUAAAUAUAAUACAUAAUACAUUGGUAUUAUGUAGGUAUAUGUCGUUAUUGACUAUAUUAUUGUGUGUACAAUAAUAUAGUUAUUCCGUUCAACCUUGGACGUCCGUGAAAUCGAUUUAUUUUCGCCGCGUAUCAAAUUUGCGGUGAAUAUUUGAACCUUGACUUUGAAACUGUACAAUAGUGCGGUGUUUUCCAUAAUAUUAUUAUUAUUAUUUUAUUAAUAAUAAUAAUAAUACGAAUGUUAUAAUUGUUUUGUAUUUCUGCUCCGCGAUGUGCGUUUGCGGACGUCAAAGUUCACGACGCAAUAGAAUUAUUAUGACACACGCCAUUAUUGUAGAUUAAUUAUAAUAUUAACGCCUACAAUCGUCGUCGGAAUGAUAUGAAAAGAAAAAAUCUGGGCGAACGCGUUUAUGCCCGUCGUCCGAGCAAGCUGUAAUAAGCGUUUGGAGAACCAACACAGUGAAAUAAAUAAAUAAAAAAAAAAUAUUAGUGUACGUAUACUUGCCUAAAUAAACGAGAAACUUGCGUUGCGCAAUCGUUAAUAGUAGUAUUGUUUUUUUUUUCUUUUUUUUUUCAUUCUGUCGCCGAAACGUUUUAUUUUCGCCGCAAAAAAAAAAAAAAAAACCGUUGUGUGGCAGUGGCACCCAAACUGUUAAAGUGUAGCAAUAAUUGCUACACACAACACGGGUGGUGUGGUUCGAAGGAACGUAUUGUAAAGAUUUGCGGGUUAUUUGCUGAAAAAACAAAUCGACACCAUAUUAUAAUAUAACCAAUUUGACCUUAAAGGAAUAUUUUUCUAUCAUUACAGUAUAGCUACUACAAAUUUACGUAUAGGAUAUUAUGGACUGUUAAAUAAAGCGUAAUAAAGUGAUAGUUUGCUACAGUUGAACGUGCUGUUUAGACACCACUAAUCAUCGACAUCCUCGUAUUAUCCGUCAUUUGUGUAUAGAAUCGAAUUUUGCGCUUGAAAUAUCGUCGAAUUCGGUUACGUGUAUGAGUUACUAGUUGCCCGUGCACUGUAUUGAAUGAAAAACGCUUUUUUAAACCUAAAAACAUGUUUUAUCGUUUCUACCUCUCUGUCCCUAUCGUAUUUAAAACGUGUCUCCAUACGGUAUCCCGGUAAUUCAUUUUUUUGAAAAGGGCACUUCUUUUUUGCCUGUGACAACCAAAUUAACUACUAAUUAUAAUUGUUUUUUAUCAUCUACGUCACCGAGAUAACUUAUAAGCUAUUUUCAACAAAAAUAAUUCUUAUCAAAAAUACUAAAAACCCUGUGUGAGUUGUCUUUUAGAGAUUGAAUUUCGAAAAUCCGAGUUCAAGAUAAAUGUGGACUCUGUAUGCCGCGCACAGAUAAAUAAAUAAACAGACACUUGCUGGUUUUAUCAAUAUAGAUUAUAAUUAUAGGAGUAUUAUCAAAACAGAUUAUAGUGUUAAAAGGUCUAAACGUAAAUAGUAAUUUAAAAAAACAUACUUUCCGUGCAAAAAUACAGACCAGUCAUAAUUUAAUAAAUAAUAUUAGCGUAUUUGUGGCCCUUUCAAUGUUCAUUGAACAACAAACUGGCCAUCUGAAACAUCCACGAAUCACUAAAAGGCGCUAGUGUCAUAUAUUUCACACGUUAAAAUAUACCAGUCAGUCGGGAGAACUAUGGCCGCCACCGAUAGCUUUUUCCUUAUCACCCACCUUAUUUCUCAAUCGUUACCAUUAAUCGUCAAAUUUAUCAUAUUAUACCAUAGAUAAUUGUGCCGUUAAUUUUUUUAAUCAUUGAUUAACACGAUUUGUUGUUUUGUUUUUUUAGACUGAAGGGCACCGGUGGCAGUGCUCUGGGUGCUGCGAGCAGCGCAUUAGUAGGCACCAGCGGCAAUCUAGGCGCGGCAGCAGCCGCUGCUGUGCUGAGCGGCGGUAGCAGUCGCGUGACGUCGUCGGGCGUUGAGCUCAGGGAACUCAGGCGCCACAAUUACAAGGCAUCCGUGUCUGUGCUUUCGCACAUAAACAAAGGUAUCACCGCAUUGCCGUACACUAACAUCGGACCAGGACACCGACAACGAACCAGAGCCCACCGGGCCAUGAACAUGGGCCAGAAAAUAUCUAGUGAGUAUAACGAAAUAUUAUUAGUUAUUGUAGGCCGCCAGUAUCGUGAAUUAGCAUCAAUUUGUGAUUGUGCUUCGAUCAUUUGCGUGGUUGAUAUCUAAUGUUUUAGAUUUUCUGGUGGUGCGAAACGAUAAUUUUCCACCGCCCGCUAACAUCGUAAUCGUAUGUAUAUAUUCGUAUGCAUGUACAGACGAGAGAACGAACAAGGAGUACACAUUUGCGUUCACCCGUUUCGUCAUUUGGUCGUAUUAUAGGCAGAAUUGGUUUUUUUUUUCAUAUAUUUCAUGAAAUAAAUAAUGUUAUUUAUAUUGCGACUACGUGAGACGGUGGUGGGUUUCACAAUUCUAUAAGAAAAAUAAUAACCGGUUAUUUUUUUUCUCAAAAUUUCACUAGCUUUUCAUGUAAAAGAUUUUAAAUAUUUAGUUGCUCUUGUCAGCCCUAACAUAACUUGCAUAUGCUAUUUUUCACGUUCGAAACACAUUUUUUCAUGCUCGCGUGUGCCGUCCACACGGACUAGCGCGUAUUCUCAUUUGUGCUCACCGUGUUCGUGCUCUCGUUUGGACGUACCUUAAGAGGACUUGAUACCCAACGCAUAAUAUUACUGCUCCCGUCUCGCAAACGUAGGACACCAGAAAAUUGUACGUUUAGCCAUGGACAAUUUUGUGUUAUACGCUCGAUUAGUUCUUGCGUCAUGAAAUUCUUAUCAGACUGUUAUCAGUAAUAAUGUUAUUAUUUUUUAGAUUCAAAUAAUUUAACUGUACAUUUAAAAACACACAUGAUAUAUUUUUGAACACUCUUAUUAUAUUAAAAUACGAGUAUUUACUUACUGAGAUUCGGCUAUUAUUAAAUAAGAGAUACUCAAAUGAGAUUUUUUUGAAUAAAAUAUUUAAGUAUACAAGUACUUGAAAUGUAGACUAUAACAAUUUUAAGUUGAACAUUAUUUCAAAGACCUGUAGUUUUCACAAAUACUUAUAUUGACCUUUUGUAGAAGUGAUGAAAUUUUCAAAGCAUUUUAGCUACUUUUAGGGUAUUUAUUUAGAUUUAAUAUUUUCUUGUUUUUAUAUGUAUUUUUAUUUGGUUGAUAUCUAUUAAAUUAUAUAACUUAAAAGAAACACUUGACCAUUUAAUAUUAGGUACAUUAUAAAUGGUACUUAGUGGUCUAAAGAACAAAUUUGAUUUUAAUGCAUCGGUUUUUCGUUUUAAAAUCAAAUUUUGACAAAAAUCGUAAAAAAUACGGCAUUUCAAAAUAUUUCUAAUCGAAAUUUUCGCCAAAUCGUUUUUCGAUAGCAACGAUUUAUCGUUACGAACAGAUAUAAAUGAUGUACCUUUAUUUAUCCUACAUUCCCAUUCCUACCUACAACAGUGAUUUUACAGUAUAACCGUCCCCAGUAACAGCUCUUUUUAAUAUUAGAGUGAAGUGACCCAUUAUUAAACUUAAAAGUAAGAAGAACAUUAUCUGUUCAAUCACGUGGGGUUUUUUUUUAAAUAUUUUAAUUAUUAAGGGAGACACAAGCAUCUUUAAAUUUUGAUAUUUCACAUUUUCAUAUCUCACUUGAAAAUUAAAAUUUCUAGAGAAUAACUUAUAUGGUUGCACAGUUAAUGUUCUUACUGUUAAGUCUGAUGAUAAAUCAGUUUACUUCUAUAUUAAAACUAACAACACAAAAUUGUCUCUGUUAAACUCAAAUUUGCUAUGUUUUUAUGUUGCUAUAUACAUUUUUAAUACGGAGACCGCACAUGCGGGACGCGGGUAUCUCGUUAUUUUAAUAUUGUGCACCUGCAAGAGAUUUCCACGGGUUUUAAAUAUAAGGUACACGUGUUUUUUGAAAAUCAGAUUAAAACUUUUACUGGUUUUACCUGCCGUCACGUUGUACUUGCCUUUAUACAAAUUGAAUGAUUUCUGCAACAGCCACUAAUUUUUCAUGAGGAAAUAGAAAUUAUAAUUAUGUCUUAUAAAACGUUUUUUUCGACUUCGUCAUUGGACAGCAUUUUAUAUUAACCGUACCUAUGGUUUUAAUUGUUAAAAAAAUAAAAAAAAAAAAUUAGGAAUUGUACGGUUUUAUGCAACAAUAGCCCUUCGAUUAUCAUAAAUUGUGCGUCGACAAGGAUCCAUCAACUUGCGAGGUUCUGUUUUUGUUUAUCCCCCAUAUAUAUAAAUAAUAUAACAAACGGUUUUACUUUUUACGGAUAUCCCUCGGGGUUUUUGCUUUUAAAAUAGUAUUCCCCGGGUAUGUUUGGGAGGGUGGGCAAUUCUCCCUUCUCCCGACCCGGCGAAAUCCGGUUGGAUGACAACGGCUCCUGCGUUCCUCUAUCAGAUCCGACGUACCUGCGUGUACGUGUUUUCAGUGUCUGUUUUCUCGUCUGGUUUUUUUUCCAUACCGUCAUAUACAGAGCGAUCCGAAAACGUUGCGAUCGCACGUAUAGUUUCCGUUUCUGUGGCCUAGGUAACGCGCCGUUGCCGCCCUGUGCACAUAAUAUUUAACGAUAACGGAUCUUGCGUAGUAUUGCAUUUUGUUUAGUCGUCGUGUAAUAUUCACAAAAGUCUCUAAAAAUACGUAGUUUAUACCCACUCGUCUGGACGAUUGUCCAGUGGAUUAGGUACCGAAAAACGAGUUUUCUUAUCUCUUAGUGACCUGUGAACCAAUGUCUCAUCGACAUUAUUCUAUACGCAAAUACGCCACGCACCCACUGAGCUAGAUAGUACCUACUAUACCAGCGACAGUCAAAAUAACCCUACGAUAAAAAUUUAAAAUUAAUAUAAUAAAAUUACGAACUAUACUGCUGUGUGUUCUCAUAACUCAGAACUCGUGGUGUUCUUUGUUUUCUUUUUCUUAAACAUCCGAUUUUAAAUUUUCGACGUCUUUUUUUCACGAAUACUUAAACACGGAUUUGUCUUUGUCAAUUUCAGUUUAUCGUUCCGAAUAUUAUUUAUCCAUAGGUAAAAUAAUGUUUAACGUAUUAAAUAUCAUUGUUAAUAACGAAAUAUGCGUAUCAGUCGGCAACGCUGAGAUGAUAAAAUGUAAGUAAUAAUAAAAAAAAAAAAAAAAAAAUUAAACUUGUUAAUAUAACUUUAUAAUUUCCAAAAAGAUAUCUCGGAAGUCGUGAUACUGUUGCUUUUGCCGAGUUAUAUGAAACUAUUGUUGCUUGCACAAAUUUUAGCCCCUUCCCUACUUUUACGCCAUACGUAACUUAUAAUACUUGUUUCAGCGAAAUAAAUAUUAUUGUUAUUUUAAUUGCAAAUGUUUGUUGUUUCAGGUGGAGUUAAAACCGUUAGCCGCGAAAGUGCGCAACCAUACAAGCCUGUAGUACCAAGAGAACUGGCCCAAGAUUUUGCCCGUCCGGCCAGAUUAGAUAUAUUAUUAGAUAUGCCGCCAGCGUCCAAAGAAGUGCAAAUCAAACACGCUUGGAACGCGGAUGAUAGGUCUUUAAAUAUAUUUGUUAAGGUAAUCAUCAUACUCAUGACUUAUUAGUAGAUAUACCUACAUACUACAAAUGCAAUUUGUUGGUGAUAUUUUAUUUAAUAAAAAUUUAAUUUUGUGUGUACAGGAUGAAGACAAACUGACAUUCCAUAGACAUCCAGUAGCCCAAAGCACAGACUGUAUUAGAGGUAAGACUGGCCUAACCAAAGGUCUACACGUGUGGGAAGUAAACUGGUCGACCAGGCAACGUGGUACGCAUGCAGUGGUCGGAGUUGCCACAGUGGCUGCACCUCUACAUUCGGUCGGCUACCAAAGUUUAGUGGGAAAUAACGACCAGUCAUGGGGCUGGGAUUUAGGCCGUAACAAAUUAUACCAUGAUGCAAAAAGUUAUGAUGGCAUUACGUAUCCGGCUUUACUCAAGCCAGAUGAGACAUUUAUAGUGCCAGAUAAAUUUUUAGGUACGUUACACUGAAUUUUAGGUAUAUAAUGCUCAGGUAUUUAAUUGUAGUUAUCAUUGAUUCAUAUUUUAUAUAUAAUAUUAUGUGUUUUCUUUUUAGUUGUUUUGGAUAUGGACGAAGGUACUCUAUCCUUUGUUGUUGAUGGUCAGUAUUUGGGUGUAGCGUUUAGAGGCCUCAAGGGACACGAAUUAUUUCCAAUUGUCAGUGCUGUCUGGGGUCAUUGUGAAAUUACGAUGAAGUACAUUGGUGGACUAGAUCGUGAGUACUUGUCAUUUGUGAUAUGACAACAUUUAUAUUUAGGUACCUAAUAAAAAAUCAUUAUUAACGUAAUACUAACUUUACUGUUCUAGCUGAACCCCUACCGCUGAUGGACUUAUGUAGACGAGUCAUUAGGCAACAAAUUGGUAAACAAUAUCUAGAAGAACGUGUAAUGGACCUAAAUCUGCCGCAGUCAUUAAGCGUUUACUUACUAUACCGGGACAGGAGAUAA